GAGGAGAGUUAUAGAUGUAAUAAGCUUAAUUGUUAAUCCAUUUUUUGUGUGUUUGUGAGGGAAUUAUUACACAACAAUGCCUGGUGCAGGUCGAGGGCGUGGUCGGGAAGAUGACAGCGAUAUCGGAACUGAUCAAGAAGCCGCCGGAACGUUUGAAACAUUGAGAGAUGAGGGGGAACAUUUUGUUCAUGUCAAACAGUACAAAAAGGCUAUUGAGAGUUUCACGAAGGCACUGGAAAUGCACGAGAGUGACCCGACGUGCCUGGUUCGUAGGGCACACUGUCAUCUCAUGCUGGGUAAUGCAGAUCACGCAUUCGAUGAUGCACAAGAAGCCUUGAAGUCGGAGGAGGAGGGGAAAAUGAAUAUCAAGGCACUCUUCUUGAAGGCAGAGGCUUUCUAUCAGAAGGGAGAUUUUGAAAAUUCUCUGGUGUUUUUUCACCGGGGAAACAAACUCCGACCAGAGCUGCAAGAGUUCAGAUUAGGAAUCCAGAAAUCUCAGGAAGCUAUUAAUAACAGUAUAGGGGGUCCGGAGUCUGUGAAGCUGACUUUAGAUGGUGAUCUCUCUUUCUUUGAAAAACAUGAUGAUAAGGCGAAAUUGCAGCAAAAAGCCCGAUACUCGAAACCACUGCAAAGAAAAGAGGAAAAGAAAGAUCGAAAGAAACCCGACAGUAGUUCUUCAGACUCGAAAACCACAAAAGAAUUACUCGGUGAACUUUUCCAGGAUAAGGCAUUUUUGGAAAAGUUAUUUGAUGAAAUGACAACCCCGAACAACGACACAGGGGAGUAUGUUAAGGACCGUGCGUGUGACGGGCUGGAGUACCUCAACAAGCGAGCUGACUUCUGGCGCCAGCAGAAACCCAUGUACGCGCGGAAACGCGACCGCCAGCAACAGAGCAAGUCACAGAGUGCCAAGUCCACUGGGAUGGAUCCCAUGCAGUAUGUGCUGCUCCGCCUGGAACAGAUAGACGAAGCACAAGCGCAAGGGAAGCACGGGGAGAGUCUGAAGCUGUGUCACAAGACGAUGAAGCGAGUCGAGGAAUGGAGUGAACGACAGCUGAAGAACAAGAACGAGGUUCUAGCCAAUCUACACAGCUGCAUGGGCAACGCAUAUCUCGAGAUGGAGAAAUUCAAGAAGGCUUUGGAACAUCACGAACAAGAUUUAGAAAUCGGGAAAGAAUAG